CCAUGACGACGGAGACGUCCAGGCCGACGGCGACCACCCCGAGGUCAUCCACCCGGACCAGCCGCGCCGAGGCAAGUGCUAGCGACUUGGCCAAGCAAUACGCCGAGCUGUACGGCGACCUGGACGACGACGAGGAGGAGGACGAGCCCUCCAGGAUCAUCCUGCUGCAGCUGCCCACCAGGCCGGAGCUCAUCGCCAAGUACUACGACAUGCGCGCCCUGUCCAAGCAAGUGGACUGGUUUAUCUUGCCGUCGCACAACCUGACGGACGAGUCCGAACGGGGCCUCACCUUCCACCACAGCCGUCUCAUGGGCCUGGACGACCUCCUCAACACGGACUCUUUGGUGGACUUGGUGACCGGUCUCGGCGCCCCCAAGCAGCAGAUCAUCGUGUCCCUGCCCGCCUUCGCCCUCCGAUUCACCCUGAAGGACGAGACCAAGGACACGCCCAGGUCGCCAGUCGUCGGCGAGCCCGAGAGGCUGUCCCAACAGCAGCUGUGCGCGCUCAUGUCCGAGGGAGGCUGGUCAGUAGAGCGCGACCAGGAUCUCACCGCCCCGUACGCCUUCAAGAACAACUCCUGGAUCGCGUUCGAGGACCACAUGUCCGUCAACAUCAAGGCCAAGUACGUGCUGCUCCGCGACCUCGCCGGUCUAGCCCUGCAAUCCGUGGACGACGAGGACUGGCUCCAGACGUCGUGCAAGCCGCCUGUCGAGGACGAGGAUGAGGACGACGACGACGACAAGGCCGCCGACAAGGACGACCGCUCGGACGAGGCCAAGGCCAAGGCACGUCUUGACGAGGGUCAGGUCGCCGGUGCUGACGGAGACGACGGCAGCUACCACCCCAGCGGCAAGCAGGCCGAGGAGAAGCAGAAGGACGCGGAGGACAAGAAGGGCGAGAAGAAGGACAAGAAGGCCGAGCCCAUGCCCAUGACGCUGCUCGAGACCGCGUUCAAGAGCCUCACCGAGUCCUCCCGCCGCACCAGGGCCGCCCUGCUCAGCUCGCUGGAGAACGACAUCCACCAGCACGCCGUCGAGUACAACGACUACACCGGCUCAGUGCAGCUGUCUCCGUAUCAGAUCGUCCGCGUGGUCGACCGCGAGGGCACCGUCCACUCGGUGCGCAGGAACGCGCGCACCGAGUUCGAGUGCUCGCGCCAGGGCUACUUCGUGCACCCACUCAGCUGCAACAGGUUCUACCGCUGCGUCAAGUACAACCAGUACUCGUCCGAGUACACCGUGUUCGAGUUCGACUGCCCGGCCGGUCUGGCGUUCGACGAGCGCGUCGAGGUGUGCGUCUGGCCCGGAAGUCUGCCCGGUGGUGCUUGCCAGGGCUCCAGCGAGAUCGCCCCCGUGCCCCGUAGCCAGUACGGCUGCCCCAACGCCGAGGGUUACUACGCCGACCCCGAAAACUGCCGCUGGUUCUUCGCGUGUCUGGACCACGCCCGCGACGGCCUCAGCCCGCUGACGGCCUACGAGUUCCGCUGCCCCUUCGGCCUGGUGUUCGACGAGGGCCGUCAGGUGUGCAACUGGCCGUGGCUCGUCGAGGGCUGCGGCAGCGCGGGCGCGUCCUCGCUGCGCUACCAGGGCGUCCGCGUCUCCGGAGCCGCGGCCGGCAGCGCCGUUAACUACGAGGGCCUGAGCCUACUGAGCGGUGGCAUCGGCGGCGCAGGUGCAGGAUAUGCAGGUGCAGGAUACGCGGGUGCGGGAGCGGGCUAUGCGAGCGGCGCCAGCCUCGCCGGCAACACCCUGUACACGGGAGACGCGGGUGCGGCUGCGGGCUACUCUGCCGACGCGUCCUUUGAGUCGGCCUCGUUCGCGGCCAAUGACGCCUCCAACUCCGGCUACGCCUACAACCAGGCCGCGGGCGGAAGCGCCUCGGCCGGCCGCUAUGGCGAGAACAACGGCUACAUCGCGCUGCAGGCCGCCCAGGAGGCCGGCUCCCGCCACGAGGACCGCGGCUACGGAGGCUUCGCCACCUUCCCGGCCUCGCAGGUGUCCGGCGGUCGCAGCCAGGGCUCCAGCGGCGUCAUUUUAGGCGCCAACCUGCACACGCUGCAGGGCAUCCAGGGCGUCGCCGUCGGUCAGGCCGGCUCCGCCUACCAGGCCUCCUCCUCCUCCUCCGCCGCCGCUGCCUCCGGGGCCUCAGCUGCCUCCGGGUACGACGGACAGCAGACAACGGGUUACUCCUUUGGCGCGGGCAGCAACGGAGCCGGGGCGGCUGCCGGUAGUUACGACUACAGCGCGGGCAGCAACGGAGCCGCAGCGACCGCCGGUAGCUACGACUACAGCGCGGGCAGCAACGGAGCCGGAGCGACCGCUGGUAGCUACGACUACAGCGCAGGCUCCUCGACCGCCUUCGGCGCGAAGCAGACCACGGCCUCGGCCGGUCUCGACUACAGCGCGGGCUCCGCCUCUACUUUCGGCGCCAAGCAGACCGCGUCCACGGCCGGCUACUACAACUCCGGGGCGUCGUCCUUCGGGUCGACCGGCUCCACGGCCUCGGCCGGGUACGACUACAACGGUGCAUCAUCCCUCGGCGUCACCGGCUCAUCCGGAAGCAGCUACUCGUCAUUUGGAGGAUCCUCGGGUGGCAUCUCCAGCACAUCCGGUAUCCAGCAGACCACCCCUGGCUACUCGUUUGGCUCGACCUCGUCCGGCAGUGACUACAGCAGUGGUGCUGACUACACCGCGUCCACCGCCUCCAGCCUGGGUGCCAGUUCCGGAACGGUUGUGCAGGGCGCGCAGUCCAUCCAGGGCGUGCACAUCGAGUCCGACGGAUCGUCUGGCUACUCCAGCGCCGGCGCUAUCCUCACCCCCGUCACCGAGGAGCCGUUCGUCCGCAAGACGGCGUACACCGUCACACCGGCGCCCUACGACGUCGUUUCGUCCACGCCCGCGCCCGCCGUGGUGUCCUACUCCCAGCCGGCCUCCGUGCAGACUGUGACGGCCUCCCCUGGCGUGGUGUCCUACCAGUCCGUGACCCCCACCGCCUCCACUGUGCACAACUACAAGCAGUUCGAGCUGCAGCAGCCCCUGGUCCCCGUGCACGCUGUCACGCCCGCCACGCCUUCCGUUGUCCGUUACCAGAGCGUGUUCGGCCUCAAGCAGCAACAGCAGCAAGCCGUCACCGCGGCCCCCGCCCUGGUCCCCGAGGCACCCACCCUGUACACGUACAAGCAGUACGAGGUGAAGCAGCCCGUGGUGCACUUCCAGUCCGUGACGCCCACCCCCACCGUCGCCGUGCAGUCUUACACGCCCACCGCCUCUCCCGCCUACGUGUCCUACACUCCCACCGUGCAGCCCGUCACCGCCGCGCCCGCCUACUCCUUCAUCAGGAAGCAGACGCCCGCCCCGACGCCCGCCCCAGCCCUGGCCUUCGCCACGCCCAGCGCCGCCCCCGCGGUGGUCGGCUACGCCCAGCAGCAGCACGUGCAGCACCAGGUGCACGCCGUCACGCCGGGGUCCGUGGACCACAGCGUGCAGUACCAGUACAGCUCGCCCGCGCCCUUCUCGCUCAAGAACGUCAAGUACCACAGAAUCGUCGACAUCAAGCAGGAGCCAAACGGAUACUAUCAACCCGAGAUCAAACAUUACAACCAACAGCAGCAUGCUCAGGUUCACACUUACCAGCAGGAGGUCAAGCAGGUCCAACCGUUGGUACCAGUCACCAAGGUGGAGUACCAGGCGCCCGAGGUGCAGUACCAGCAGCACGCCCAAGUCCAUUCGUACCAGCAGGAAGUGAAGCAGGCCCAGCCGGUUGUCCACUACCAGCAAGAAUACAAGCAGGUCCAGCCUGUCGUUCAGUAUCAGCAGGUGAAGCAGGUCCAGCCAGUUGUGCCCGUCACCAAGGUGGAGUACCAAGCCCCGGCCGUCCAGUACCAGCAGCACGCUCAGGUUCAGUCAUACCAGCAGGAGGUCAAGCAGGUCCAGCCCGUCGUUCAGUAUCAGCAGGUGAAGCAGGUGCAGCCAGUUGUGCCCGUCACCAAGGUGGAGUACCAACCCCCGGCCGUCCAGUACCAACAGCACGCCCAGGUUCAGUCAUACCAGCAAGAGGUCAAGCAGGUCCAGCCUGUCGUCCCUGUAGUCCAGCAGUAUCAACAGGAGGUGAAGCAGGUGCAGCCUGUCACCAGGUUCGAGUUCCAGGCUCCCGCUGCACAGUAUCAACAGCAGUACAAACAGGAAGUAAAACAAGUUCAGCCCGUGGUUCAAUAUCAGCAAGAGUACAAGCAAGUCCAGCCGGUGGUCCCCGUCGUGCAGUACCAACAGGUCAAGCAAGUCCAGCCCGUUGUUCCCGUCACCAAGGUGGAGUACCAAGCCCCUGCAUUGCAAUACCAGCAGCACGCUCAGGUCCACUCGUACCAGCAGGAAGUGCAACAGGUUCAACCCGUCGCACCCGUUACAAAGGUCGAAUACCAGGCUCCCGCUGUGCAAUAUCAGCAAUACCAACAGGAAGUGAAACAAGUGCAGCCUGUCACCAAAUUUGAAUACAAAACACCUGCUUUCCAAUACCAGAAUCUGCAACAGUACAAGCAAUACAAACAGGAGGUGCAACAAGUCCAGCCUGUGACACCUGCUGCCGUCACCAAGUUCGAGUACCACGCCCCCGCCCAGGUUCACUCGUACCAACAGGAAGUGAAGCAGGUUCAGCCUGUCGUGCCCGUGGUCCAAUACCAACAAGAGGUCAAGCAAGUGCAACCCAUCAGCAAGUUUGAAUACCAGGCGCCCGCUGUGCAGUACCAACAAUACCAGCAGCAAGUAAAACAGGUUCAGCCGGUUGUGCAGUAUCAGCAGGAAGUGAAACAAGUUCAACCCAUUGCCACGGUUGAAUACCAGGCACCCGCCGUGCAGUAUCAACAGCAUGCCCAGGUCCACUCCUACCAGCAGAAUGUGAAGCAGGUCCAGCCCGUCGUACAGUAUCAGCAGGUGAAGCAGGUCCAGCCAGUGGUUCCCGUCACCAAGGUGGAAUACCAGGCCCCCGCUGUGCAGUACCAGCAGCACGCCCAAGUCCAUUCCUACCAGCACGUGAAGCAGGCACAGCCUGUGGUGCAAUACCAACAGGAAGUCAAACAAGUGCAACCCGUGAUCCAAUACCAACAGGAGAUCAAGCAAGUGCAGCCCGUCACAAAGUUCGAGUACAAGGCCCCCGCGCCGCAGUACCAGCAGCACGCCCAGGUGCAUUCCUACCAGCAGGAGCAGGUUCAGCAGGUACAGCCCGUGGUUCAGUACCAACAGGAAGUCAAGCAAGUGCAGCCCGUCACCAAGUUCGAGUACAAAGCCCCCGCCAUCCAGGUGCAACAGCAAGUGCAGUACCAACAGCCUGCCGUGGCCGUCAAGGCCCAGGAGGUCGUCUACUCGUACAGCACGCCGUCCAACUACCCCAUCCGUCAGGAGGCCGUCAAGGCAGUGAAGCUCAACGUGAACCAAGGUUUCAGCCAAAGGCCCAAGCUGUACCCCUUCGUGUCCAGCACCACGGCCGCCCCCGCUAUCAGCCAGGUGCCGCUGUUGCAUUCGUACACAUACGUCAACGGCAACGAGCCGUCCACCCCUGUGCCAUGCACCACCUGCAGCCUCAGUACGGCAGGGCUCAGGGUGUCCUCCACCCCGGCCCCCGCUCGCUACACUGAGCAGCAGCAAUACGUCUACUCGUCCACGCCCACCCCCGCCCGCUACACCGAGCAGCAGGUGGUCUACUCGUCCACACCCGCUCCCGCCCGCUACACCGAGCAGCAGGUGGUCUAUUCGUCUACGCCCGCCCCCGCCCCUGCCCCCGCCCGCUACACCGAACAGCAGUACGUCUACUCUAGCCCCGCUCCGGCCCGCUACACAGAGCACAGGGAGCAGCAGGUGGCUUACUCGGUCACCCCCGCCCCUCCCUGCGCCACCUGCAGCCAGAGCUCAGCCGGCCUCAAGGUGUCCUCGACGCCAGCGGCGUUCGAGUUCAACUACGUGUCGUCCACACCCAAGUACGAGGCUGGCCUCGUGAGCCAGGUGAGCGAGCAGCAAACCAACCAGUACCGCGGAGGAUACCAAGUCCAGCAGCAGCAGCAACAGCAGCAGCAGCUCACACAGGUGGACGACCAGGAGCCACCCGUGGCUCUCUUCGUCCACACGGCGGCGCCCCCGCCCGCGCGCUACAACCAGGUCGUGGUCUCGUCCACGCCUGCGCCCACUCGUUACGUGGAGGAUCAGGAGGUGGUGGUGUCGUCGACGCCCAGCUCGCAGCAGCAGUACCAGCAGGUCGUUGAGAACUACUCGAGCGUGCGGCCCGAGGUGUAUUCUCAGCAGUACUACUCAACGCCCGCCCCUGUGUCCGUCGUCAAGAACGUCGUCACCCAGGUGUCAACACCGGCCACGUACGUUGAGCAGAACGUGGAGGACGUGCAGAAUGUCCAGAGCGUCGAGUUCGGCGCGAAGAAGUCCCAUGUUGUGUCCGAGUACAACUACGUCCAGGGCCAGGAGCAGGCUACCCCCACCGUCGCCCCCGCCGUGGACGUCUACCCGAUCGCCCCCGAAGUCCCUGCCACAGUGGACGUGCAGUACCAGACCUCGCCCGCACCCGUGCCGGUCCGUCGUCUGCGCCCUUCGACCACGGCCGCGGCUUACAUCGAGGAACAGCAGCAAAUCGUAUCCGAGGGCUACGCCGGCGACGUCGUCGUCGGCUCAACAGCAGCCCCCACCGCCGGACCCACCCGUGGCAACAUCCGUUACGGCUACGAGGAGGACCUGCAGCAGCAGAUCAACGCCGAGGAGGCCAUCGAAGACAGCGCGUACGGCGUCAAGAACCAGGACGCGUACUCUGGCUUCGCCCAAGUCAUCGAGACCAGCACACUGGCCGCCAUCGGCGCAGUCGGCAGCAGGCGACCCGGCCGCGUCCGCGUCGGCACCACGGCUCAGUACAGCGAGGGCAGCGAUGAAGGCUACUCCAGCUCCACGACGGAGAGCUACGGCUCGAGCACCGUGCGCGCCAAGGGCAAGGGCAGGAAGCGCACUAAGAUCGUGGUGGUGACACGCCUCAGUGACGUGAACCCGCUGCUCAUCGGCAAGCUGGGCGCGCAGUGCAGCUGCGCUGAGAACGGUCGCAAGAGCCGUACCGGCGUCAAGCGCGUCAUCUCGAGGGUCCGUGUUGUCCGCCCCAAGGACGGCGAUGCAGGCCACGCCUUCUCCUCAACCGCUCGCUCCACAACAGAGGGCUACGUGUCGUCCACGACCGAGGGCCGUGUGGUCUCCUCCACCGAGCAGGCCGAGAUCGACGAGGACUUGGCGCUCAUCCGUGACGCUGAAAAGUCAGACGCCGAAGAAGGCGACGACGACGCGGCCGACUUCGGUGCGGUGGUCGUCUCGAGCACCGAGGGCACCGUGUCGUCCUCGGCAGCUUACGAGCAGGACGACAUCGUGUCGAGCACAGUGGCGAUCAGGGGUAGGGGCAGGGCGCGCGGCAGGACCACGUACAUCCGCGCGGGCAAGGCCAAGAGUACCAUCUACGUGUCCACCACAGCCGAGCCGGAUGACGACGACGACGAGCAGAGCCCGAGCUCAAGCACGAGCAGCAGAGUGUACGAGGUGACGACGCCGAGCAGCAGGCGCUUCUCCGGCCGCCGCACCACGGCGCGCUCCAUCCAGAUCAACAGCAAGGACGACGAGGACGACGCGGAGGCCGUGGUCAUCCAGCCCAGGCCCAGGUCGCGGGCGCGUCCCUCACCGAGAGUCCGUUCGCGCGCGCGCUCCGAUAACGACCUCGCUUCGGCAUCCCCGUCACCCGUUGCCACCGAGGUGGAGGACACCAACGCCGUCGUCGACGAGGUCACACCCGGCCCCGGACACACGGUCGACCUGGGCGUCAACGGGGUGGUCGAGUGCAAACGGCCUGGUCUGUUCCGACACCCAGAGCUGUGCAACAAGUUCUACUCGUGCAACUGGGACAAGUGGAAGAAGAAGUACGCCGUCAACGUCUUCAACUGCCCCAUCCACCUGGCGUACGACACCUCUAUUGGCGCGUGUAACUGGCCGUCCAAGGGUCCAGCCUGUGUCAACGGCAAGCUGCUAGUGUGAUCAGAUAAAUUUCCCUGACAUGUUACCCGUUAACGUGGUGGUGUCAUGAGUUACCGGGUCGGCCAAGCAUCGGCCACCCACCCUUAGCGCCUUCAAGGGAAACGCGCAGGACAAAGCCCCUCAUCGUAAAUGUGAUUCUGGAAUCAAAUUUUAAAUAUGAAUUCGAAAGGAUUCCACAUUAUUGAUAAAGCUUUCAAUGUUGAAAUCCCAUGACACAUAGAUGCAAAAUGUGCCAUAACGGGUGCGUUCAGACCCCUCACCUAAUAAAUGCAGGUCUACCAGAAAACAUUUUCACAGCAAACAGAAAUCAAGACAAAAAUUGACCAGUGAGGCAUCUGAACACAGCCAAUAGUAAUAGAUAAAUAUAGAUCUGACUCUGAUAUUGUGUCUAAAGGAAAAGUCGUGGUAGUAAAGCUUGUUCAAUUUCUUGUGAGCGCUUAGUGCAAAAUCAACAGGUACAGAGAUAUUUUAGAUUUUCAUGAUAAAUCAAUUACUAAAGAAAUGUCACCAAACGCUCAUGACAAAUGCAAAGCUGCCUAAAGAGCUUCAUUCUUUGGGAAAACCAUAAAUGCAGCAAGUUGUGCAAUGAUAUGUACACAGCUCAGAUGAGAAACAAAUCCUACUCUGUGUGAAUAAAAACUUAGAAAUUAAAAUACAGACUUAUGAAAAUGUGUUGCUUGCAGGUCUCUUGUAUAUAAUUAUUUAUGGCAGUAAUAAAUUAAAAUAGAGACAUUCUA